AUGGAUCCCUCCAGCUCCGCCACUCCCCUAAAAUCCUCAGGAAUCCCAAAGUUCUCUUCCAUCGCAAGACCAUCGGCUUCUAGAUUGCCUGCUCCUAACAAUGAUCACAAAACCGCAUUACCUUCUCCCUCUAAANCCUUCUGCUUUGGUGAAACCGUCUCCUGCCAAAAGGCUCUUCCGAGGCCGCCUUCAUCUGGUAAUGGCUUUCGAUCGAGUAUCUCUGGACCCUCACCUGGCAUCCUUCCGCCCAGGACUUCAUCGCAUCAUUCUACUUAUUCUAUCUCCGAGAAGCCUACCAAUGCCACUAGGAAACCUGCUUCACGUCCGCUAUCUUAUAUUGCGCAAUCUCGAAGACCUGUUUCCAGCAUCAUCACAACUGCUCAACAAGAGGAUUUGAAUGAUCAACUAGGCUCUCUUGGUGGUUUUCGCAGUGCUUCACGUGCCACUUCAAGGCAAGGUGAUUACGAUGAUGUUUCAGCGUUUGAUCAUAUCGACGAGCCAAAAACUCCAGGCGCAAAGAGGGCCCACCGUCUCUCAUUGUCAGAUCGGACUGUGGAAAGUCUUUCGCGGCUCCCCGAGACUCCAGGGACCGACAGGCGAAGGUCCAGUNUUUUCGCGCCACAGAGUCCUAUGGGUCCUCCAUCACGUCCGGCUUCUGCUAUGAGCAUUGACGAAGCACGAGAAAUACCUCGUCCCAAAUCUCUUGCAAAACUGCCUUCGCCAACCAAGAAGUCAUCUGGUAUGGUUCCUCCGACAAGUAAAAUGCCUGCCAAGUAUUCCACUCCAAGGGCACCUUCCUCGGUUGGCAUGGCAUCGUCAAGACUUGGUCGCCCCGCCUCCGUAGCAGGCAAACUUACCACAACGACGAGUACGCCAAAGUUACCCACUUCAAAGCCUCUGCAGCGAACGAGUAGUCUUCGUCAGCCUGGUGCGGGCGUAGUCGCUACUCCCAGACCCAGACCAAUCACGAGCAAUUCGACUUCGGCGAUCAAGCCUAAGCCAACACCUGCAACAGCUGCAAAAAGCGCACCUAUUAAAGAAUCGCAAGCAUCUCCCGAAAAAGUAGCUAGUUCUUCCGCAGCGCUUAGAGACCAGAUUGCGAAAGCCAAAGCUGCUAAGAGGACACCGGGUCUUUUCAAAGGACAGCAGUCGAGUAGUCAAAGCGACGAUGCUACAUUUGAUCCUUUUGCGGAUCCUUUCAACACGAAACCCAAAAACUCCAAUGGUCUUCUACGCAAGAGGAUCGAAGCAGCCCGUGGUGAUGGUCGUCUGAACAUUGCAGGAAUGAACCUCAAGAGUAUCCCGGAUGAAGUCUUGAGCAUGUACGACCAACGAGAAGAUAGCAACAUGAACUGGAGCCAGAUGACGGACCUUGUACGCUUUGUGGCAGCGGAUAACGAUCUUGACACCAUCUCUGAUGACAUAUUCCCGGAUGUUGCUACUGAAGUGGCUAUGAAUGAGGAGAAUGAGUUCAAGGGGUUGCAGUUUCGCAGUGUAGAAAUGAUUGAUCUACAUGGAAAUAGUUUACAGACAGUUCCCGCAGGUUUCCGCUGGCUGGAGAGGUUGACAGCUCUGAAUCUGGUAAGCUUUACCUUGAAAUCGUGCAAGCGCAAUUACUUACAUUCACAAAGUNCUCACAACAAACUGGGCAACGCCAUUUUCGACACUAUCGGCCAGCUCGAGGCAUUGCGAGAACUCAAGCUGGGUAAUAACAACCUAUCCGGCUAUCUUCCUCAAUCAAUAGGUCGCUUGCACAACUUGAGAACAUUGGAACUGCAGCACAACAAGCUCCUCAGUCUUCCGGACGGUCUGCGCGAACUUGUCAACUUGCAGGUUCUCAACGUUGCUGGAAACCAACUCACUGGUCUACCAAUGGACGUUCUAGAAACUCUACCUAUUGUUGAUCUCAAUGCCUCAAACAACGCAAUGGUGGGCGCGUUGUUCCCUUUUAGUGUCUCUGGACUUUCAAAGCUUGAGUACCUGGACAUUGCCAACAACUCGUUAGCCUCGCUGGCCUUUUCUGAGAAUUUGUCACUGCCGGCCAUCAAAUCGAUCAACAUGGCGAGUAACAGGAUUGUCGCGUUACCAGACAUGUCUGGCUGGAGAGAGCUGGUAUCUUUGGCUGCUGCCGACAACAAGAUAUCUUUGCUUCCGCAAGGAUUCACGAGUCUCAAAUACCUCAAGCAGGCUGACCUGACCGGAAACGAGCUCACCAAACUGCACGAAAAUAUUGGUCUCAUGGACUCGUUGGAUGUUUUGAAAGUGGCCGCCAAUCCUCUUCGAGAACGUAAACUGUUGAACAUGUCGACCGAAGAGCUCAAACGUAGCUUGGCUCAACGCCUAAGGACAUCUAGUCAAGGCGACAAGGGUGAUGAGUUCGAAGAUGAGGGAAUCGAUAUCCAGUCACCUCAAGACUCUGGUUCACAAUGGGGCGUUGUCUCUGGCACUCUUGACCUUCGGGACAAAAGCCUCGUAGAUGAUGAUGCCGACGUACUUCGAUCCAUCUUUAGCACAGAAGAUGUUCGUGAGCUCAAACUGGCACGAAACAAUUUUGUCACCAUCCCUUUCGAGAUCUCUUUGGCUCAAAACCUCAAAAUUCUGGACUUGUCAAAUUGUUCCUUGGGAGACAAUUACCUAACAGAAGUCGUGACUUUGACGGCUCUCCAAGAGCUAUUCUUAGGCAGCAAUAAGAUCUCAAGUUGGGAACCACUCUUGAGUUUGCUACAUGCACCACGCCUUUCAUACCUGGACGUAUCCAACAACAGGCUAAUCGGUUCCGUUCCCAGAGUCAGAGACUCUUUUCCUGAGCUGAAGAUUUUGCACGCCGGAAACAACAGAAUUGAUGCUGUCUCCGACGAGGCUCUGGCAGGGCUCCAGUCAGUUGACCUCGCAGACAACAACAUCGGUUACGUACCUCCCGAGAUAGGACUGUUGUGGGAUCAAGGUCUAAAGGGAUUGAGUAUUGGCGGUAAUGUGUUCCGCGUACCAUCACAUCGGAUUCUCGAAAAAGGAACGGAAGCUACGAUGUUGUGGCUAAAGGAAAAAAUUCCGCAAGACGAUGAAACCUUCUAG